GUAACCUUCAAAGCUUUCACUUCUGCUGAGAGCCAAGGAACAUGAAAACAGUCCGCUUCUCCUACACACUGCUGGUAUGUAAAAUGAAAACCUUAUAUUAUUACUUUAAGUAUUUAAUUCUGUAAAAAUUUUAUAAAAAUCGAGAUGUUUGUAGAUUCAAUAUUACUGUUUCUAGACAGGACUCUAUUAUCAAACAGGUGUUUGAUAGUAUGGGACCAUGUCCUAAUCAGAUCCGAAAGAUUAGACAAGACGUAAGGGGACUUUGUCCAUGGUCUAGACAGAUCAAUGUCAAAUCAAAUAUAAUAAGAGGUUAAAAAAAUAACAGCAAGCAAAACAAACAAAAAUUGUUGGGUUUAUUCGAUAAAUCCAAAUUAGGAAUUUAACUCCAAAAUAUCCCAGCAAUGACUACGAGAUUGAUUUUUUUUCCCCAGAUCUUGAAUUUUUAGAUUUGGAUUUUAAUUUGCAACAAUUGGAAGUUUCGUGAAUAACCCUGUUUGUAUGUUCAUUACAAUAUCAGGAAUCUAAAUACUAUUUUUUUGUUUAAGUGUGUUUGUGUUGUUACAUUCCAUAUUAAGGGGAUGCACACAGUCCACACAAUGCUUUCUGGAUUGAAUAUUGAACUCGCAGCAGUUUAUUUAUAAUUUAUUUAUGUAUUUAUUCACUAUAUUUUAUAUACCGACACCUUCCUGAGAAGACACAUGCCCACUUUGAUUGGCACCUUGUGCAGUGAUACUGUCAUCAAAAAAAGAGAAAAUCUCUAUAACAUGAUGGUUUUCAAAAAUAACAAAAAAAAUUAAAAUAUUGUGGCACCAUCUUAAAUAAGUAUGUCUGUUACCUUUAAAUUAAUCCCAUUUAUAAAUAAAUAAUAAAUACAAUUUAUAGACACAUUUACAUAUGCAUAGACACGGUACUUACAUUAAUUAACCCACAUUAUAAUAUUGACAGUAAAUGGACCUCCAACCGUAAAGUAUACUAUAUUGCAUAUCCACCUAUAAUGUCUGUAAAAAUAAACAAUUGUCUACUAUGUACAUCUGUUAAUGAAACAAGAGAGAGUUAUGUCAAUGUCAUAUGUGUUAAUGUUCCUCCACAAUCCUUACAUUCAUGUCUAUAAGAAGAACAACUAAACAAAUGACUUCGGCGUCACCUGAUAAUUUAAGCAUGCACAGUGUGCAAAAAGACAUGCAAUAGUCUAGCAAGACCUACUUAAAUUGCAUAUAAAGAAAAAAAAAUCAGUUUCACCUCUCAAAUUCUUAUCAAGAUGAUAAAAGCUGAAUCUUACUGAUUAAAAUAUAUAUAUUUUUUGUUGUACCAAUUUAAACUCAAGUUUUACGUGGACUAAGAACUAUGUGCACAGUAAAAAAUAAUCUAUUUUACAUAUUUAUAUAUUAUAUAUUUUAUAGAAAUAUAAUAAAUAAUUAUGUAAAUAUAGAUAUAGAUUUUUUUCGGCUUCUCCUUUUUUUCCAUUUAUUGGUUCUAUUUUCUCACCUGAUCUGUGACCCAAAUAAUGCGAAAAUUUAUAUAUUUUACAGUACACUGAUUGGUCCAUUUUUGUACCAUUUUGGUUCGUCUGACUUGUUUUUCAUGAAACGAUCGUAUGGAUUAAACUCAUAUCGCCCCAAACCAUUUUUUUUUUCAGACGAACCAACUUAAUUCACCAUGCACAAGUCUGUGGGUCAGCUAAAGGUAGAGUUAAAGGAACACUCGGGCACCAUAACAACUUAAUGAAGUUGUUAUGGUCCCACAGCUGUUCUAUUAAGUUUAGCGAGGAUUAAAGGGAGUUAGAUUUAGAAGUAGCAAUAAAGUUUGUGUCUGGUUAGGAUAUUCCACAUCUAAAAACACUUUGUAAAACAAAACCCAGGCAGAGAUUAAUUUACAUUUUAUGAUGUCGGGAUAUUGAAACAUAACUUGCAUUACUUGUUUUUGGAAUAGAUAAGCCUGCACAUAUUUUGUUUUUCUGUCCGUCUAAUGCGCUGUUAUCAGGUGAUACACUACGCACAGGGCUAAUCAUCUAGAUCAAAAUUUGACAACAGCCUCCUAUGUCAAUAUGACAUUGCCGAGAACCCCACCAAAGUGCAGUGAAACUGGAUCCACAAUUUUUGGCUACAUGUAACUGUUUAACGCAAGACAUCAAGUGUAUUGUUUACAUUACAUGUUUCUACUUGUAUUUUUUUUGUUUUGCCAACAUCUCACCUUUAGUAAUCAUGUGUAUAUAUUAACACAGAAACAGACCAGUUUGGCAAAACAAGAACUGUUGUUUUUUUUACAAAAUGUAAAAUGCUGGACUCUCAGGAAAUGGUAGUGAGGAGGUCAGAGAUAAACAAUGAAAAUAGCUAUUUGCUUAGACGUAUCACGUAUGUAUUGAUAUUUAUUAUAUAACUGUUUUAACUGAGUUGUGUAAUAUGGUGUGAGGCUAUGCACGUGGCCUUCACUAACCUUGCCAGAUAUCCAUGCCUGACCAAUAUGGUCGAUCAUUGCAAACGGGAUGGGCCACGCUACCAGCCCACCACGUACAGCGUGCAUGACAGUCCACACAACGGUAGCCAAUCACCUAUACUGAAAUACAACUCCAACACUGGGACUAUAAUCUAUUUACUAUUUUUGCCACUGUUUAUCCCUUUGGGCUAAACAGUUCUGCUAAAUGGUUUAGGUUUACUUUAAAAAUUAACCUACUCGGUUAGAACGGAUGGACUGUAUUUUAAUGUCUUGAGACCUGCGAGUCUCCGUCAUGCCUUUUUGCCACAAGAUCUGCAAAUCUCCAAAUGUUGAAAUACGGGACAGCUCCUUGCAGGACCUGCGUGUCCUCCCACAAUGCCGAUCCAUUUGUUCUGUCUUACAUUACUUCUCUUUAAUAAAAAAAUAUUUAGAAAAAAAUAUAUAUAUCAUGGCAGGUCAUAUGACAGUUGGAUGAUGCUUUCUCUAACUCCAACCUUGAAAAAAAAAAAUAAUAAUUGAAAAUAUAUAUAAUUAAUUAAAUCUUUAAAGCACAGUGCGAUUUACAGUAUCAAAAUGUUUAUUUGGGCAAUAUGAUGCGACCAACACUUUAAAUGCUGAUACAGACUAUAUUAGGACAGCUGCAGUGAGAGGAAUGUAAUAUAUGAAACCUGUGCCACUGUAUUGUAAUAUCUAAGAAACAUACCAGGGAAUGCAGAGCCCCCUGAAAUCAUUUUAAAAAUAUUGUAUUACAUGACAUGGUAUUACAGUAAACAGGGCAUUUGUACCAAUUGCAUAACUACUUUAUAUUUGAGAAUUAGCUCAAAUUGUGAUCACAUGUCUUGGUAAAAUGAAUAGCGGAUUAAUAGAGGGUUUAUCUACCAUACUAAAAAGUAAAAUAAAGUUUGCAAUUUUUAUAUUCUUUGAAUUGUAUUUAUUUAAUGUUUUUUUCUGCUAGAAGAAUAACUUGCAUGAAGCUAUUUCCAGUGAUGAUUCAGACAAUGAUUCCACAGAGUACAGUCAGGAAAGGACCCAGGUUAAAGCUAUCGAAAACGCUAAAGAGGAGCCAUGUGAGCCAGUUUUGGCUGGGGAGAGCCAGAUUUUAAUGUCGGACCAUGUCAAACAGGUAGGUGUAAAUUCAUAGAGAGAUUUCUAAUAGGUACAGUAAAUAGUUGAAAAUGGGUGGCACUGAUAUGUGGUCACCAAAACUGAAUGAAUGAAAACUGACAAGGCAAAUGUAUUAAAAUAUUAUUGAUAGAGACCUAAUCUCAACAUAUGAGGAAAGGGAUUUAGGGGUGAUUCUUUCUAAAGGACUUAAAGGUAGGCAGACAAUGUAAUAGAGCAGCAGUAAAUGCUAGCAGAAUGUUUAGUUGUAUAGGGAGAGGUAUUAGCAGUAGAAAGAGGGAAGUGCUCAUGCCAUUGUACAGAACACUGGUGAGACCUCAAUUGGAGUAUUGUACACAGUACUGGAGACCGUAUCUUCAGAAGGAUAUUGAUACCUUAGAGAGGGUUCUGAGAAGGGCUACUAAACUGGUUCAUGGAUUGCAGGAUAAAACUUACAAGGAAAGGUUAAAGGAACUUAACAUGUAUAGCUUGGAGGAAAGACGAGACGGGGGGGAUAUGAUAGAAACAUUUAAAUACAUCAAGGGAAUCAACACAGUAAAGGAGGAGACCAUAUUUAAAAGUAGAAAAACUACCACAACAAGAGGACAUAGUAUUAAAUUAAAGGGGCAAAGGUUUAAAAAUAAUAUCAGGAAGUAUUACUUUACUGAGAGGGUAGUGGAUUAAUGGAAUAGCCUUCCAGCUGAAGUGGCAGAGGUUAACACAGUGAAGGAGUUUAAGCAUGCGUGGGAUAGGCAUAAGGCCUAUCUAAGAUAAGGCCAGGGACUAAUGAAAGUAUUCCAAAAAUUGGGCAGACUAGAUUGGCCAAAUGGUUCUUAUCUGCCGUCAUGUUCUAAGUUUCUUUGCUGUUAGGAGCUUGUUCCAUAUGGCGUCACUAACUCCCCCUUUAGACUGUCCAUCUGUGCAUCAUUUAUGGAUACAAGCUCUGUCCUUAAAAUGCAUCUACCUGCUCAACCUCUAAUGCGUUUUCCGGGCAUUUUGUAGAUGCCAACUAAACACACAUGGGAAAGGGCUAUACAUAUACUACCCUUCCAUCUCUCAGUGCCCUAUUGUGGUUCUUUCAAUCAAAGGUGGAUCCAGGACCCAAAUUUGGGAGGGGCACUGCCAAAAAUGAGUGGGAGUUAGCCCCAGCAGUUCCCAGAAAAUAUAUAAAACUAUGAAUAUUUCCUACCCUACCUCUCUCUAGUAAAGCAGGCAAAGGGUAUCACUCUUUCUCCUGAAGCUAUUUUAUUCUGCUCUUCUCCAUUCUCCUGACCUGGCCUGUCUUUUGACCUUAUUCGCUCUCCACCUGCCCUGUCCUUGGCUGUGCUACAUUGCUCUGUCCUUGGCCGGUCCCUGAUGUUCUUCUUAUCACUGUUAGCCUCAUCCAUUCUAAGGACUGGUAAUACAAUCUCUGCUUUCCUACUUUUGUCUUUUGGGAUCCGACCCUAAUGUUCUCUUGUUCUCCUCAAUCUUCCCAUCAAAAAGGGCAGCACCUACUUUUGGUUAUCGAUCUUCCACAUUUCACUCCCCCAAUCCCAUUACCGAGUAAACUACAGUUUGGUAACAGCUUUAUUAUUAAGAAGAAUAAAGUCUGUUGUUGUACUAUAACUAAAUAAUUCUUUGUGAGACAUCUAAUAACAGCAGUUGAUGUUCACAGAUUGGGCAGCAGCUGCCGCCGAGACUCCUGGUACAUACAUGGCAGCUUUUGUACAGCACAGAAAAACAUGGCUUCAGUUUGAGAACCAUGUAUCGAACAAUGAACAAAGUCAGCUCCCCAGUGCUGCUGGUAGUGAAGGAUAAUGAAGGGAAGGUAGGUGGGAUACAUUUUACUAUAUUGCAUAAAACAAAGAAUAAUUGGUUGAAAAACUGUUCACUUUUUUAAACAAGAAUCAAUUAACGAUUGUGGCCUUUUCCGAUGAAAAGUAGUUCCAAAAACAAAACAAGAAAAAUAGCUUUCAUGGCGGUGAUUCCAUUUUUACUAUUGUAGAUUGACGGUCUAUUCUGUCAUUCCAAAUAUUAUUGGGAUUCAAAUAUAGCCAAGGUGGAAGUUACCGAUUUCACAAUAGAUAUAUCAAUUUCAGCCCUGUUUCUACCAAACACAGGAGGAACUGAUGUCAUUAGUGUGGAAUUAGAGAAUUCCGUAUUAGUGAUAUCGGAAGAGGAGGCCAAAUUGGAGGUGACCAGGGAACCCAGGUAAGUGUCAUAUUAUUCAAAAACAGUUUCAUAACUUACCAUAGAUAGCGCCAGGAGACUCCUGGAACCAUAACCACUAAAAUAUAAUAUAUAGUGGUUAUGGUGCUUAGACUGCACAUCUAACUCUAAAUAUCUGUUGGCUAAUGCAAAAAAUGUUUAGUGGCAUGAACGGUACGACACUAAUUGGCAUACAAUGAACUAUACGAAAUAUUAUGUAUUUCUGAUACAUGGUAGUAUAGAUGUUUAAGGAUACAAUAAGUAGAAAAUGUGGAAGGGUACAUGUACAAGUCAAACCUAAAUUAAAGCCUAGUAUUAAAGAUAAGGUAGAAGCUGAUAAGGAAACAGGUAAAAAUGUGGAAGUCUUAUGGGUGGAAGUUUGCAUGGAGCCCCCAUUAAGCCCAUCACGGGGGCAACACAUUGAGUGUACAAUGAUUGACAGGAUCUGAGAAUGGUUCAAUGCUUUAUUCAAACACUCUACUUGGUGACCCCUUGAGAAAUAACCAAAAUAUGCUCUAAUAUGAGAGCUGCAAAAUAAACAAAUUAUGGGUCUUUGCAGUGGGAUGCACCAAGUCUAUGAAAUUAACCUCAAAUAUGAAACGUACAUGAAAAAUAUGAUGUAACCAUCAGUUUUGACAGAGGUCACUGAUAAAAUAGUUAAAUGAAAAAUAUUGUAUUUGUCCUAUAAUUUCCAAAAAUUGAUGGGAGUCAUUAAAGGACCACUAUAGGCAACCCAGACCACUUCAGCUUAAUGAAGUGGUCUGGGUAUCAGGUCCAGCUAGGAUUAACCCUUUCUUCUAUAAACAUAGAGAAAACUGCUAUGUUUAUAAUAGGGUAAUCCAGCUUCUAGUGUCUCAUUGGCAGCUGCUAGAGGCGCUUCUGCGCUUAUCACUGUGAUUUUCACAGUGAGAAGACGUUUGCGUCCAUAGGAAAGAAUUGAGAAUGCUUUCCUAUGGACUGGCUGAAUGCGAGUGCGGCUCGUGCCGCGCAUGCGCAUUCAGCCAAUGACGACGAAAAGGAGGAGGAGAGUCCCCCGCCUGGCACUGGAAAAAGAGGUAAAUUUAACCCCUUCCAUCCCCUAGAGCCCAGCAGGAGGGGGACCCUGAGGGUGGAGGCACCCUCAGGGCACUAAAAUGCCAGGAAAACUAGUAUAUUUUCCUGGCACUAUAGUGGUCCUUUAAGCAUUUCCAGUGUCAUAACAAACAAAUGAAUCAAACUUAGGUUGUUGGUUUUUUUUUAGCUGCACUCUGAAGAAAUAAUUCUAUACAAACUUUGAAAAUGUAUUUUAUUCAGCUACUUUGUAGUAUGGUGGACAAGCCCAAAACCCUAUCUGUCCUUUAAAAACCAUAUAUAAUAUGCACAGAUGCAUUUAAAGGUAAACUCACUCCUCUAUAAUUUACAUCAUUAUAUAAAACAUUUACAAAAACCAUUAUCUUUUUUCAUGAGAUGGAACAUUUUCUUUUAACUUUGUAUUAAAAGUUUAACCAUUGACAUCAUAAUCUAGUUCAGAGAAGGCAAAGCCAGGGCAAACAUUAAAGGGACACUAUAGUCACCAAGUCAACUUUAGCUUAGUGAAGCAGUUUUGGUUUAUAGUUCAUGUCCCUGCAGUCUCACUGCUCAGUUAUUGUCUAUUUAGGAUAUAAAUCACUUUGUUUAUGCAACCAUAGGCACACCUUCCUGCAUGUGACUUGCUCAGCAUUUCCUGCAAAGUCAUCUAAUGUUUAACCCCUUAAGGACCAAACUUCUGGAAUAAAAGGGAAUCAUGACAUGUCACACGUCAUGUGUCCUUAAGGGGUUAAACUUCCUUUAUUGCAAAUGUUGUUUACAUUUUAAUGUUUUAUUUCUUGUUCUGUUAAUAACUUGCUAGACUUUAAAGGAGCCUCCUGUAUGUAAUUAUUGUUCAAUUUACAGAGAAGGAGAAAAACCUUUAAAGUAAGUUACAUCUGAUUGAAAAUGAAGCCAUUUUGUUUUAAUGAAGGCUGUGUCAGACAUAUCCAGAGGAGGUGUGACAAGGUCUGCAUAAACAGAAACAAAAGUGAUUUAACGCCUAAAUGGCAGUGAAUUGAGCAGUGAUACUUCAGAGGCAUGAUAUAUACACCAAAACUGCUUCAUUAAGCUAAAGUUAUUUUGGUGACUAUACUGCCCCUUUAAAAAUAAAGAUGAGACAUAAAACCAUUGUUUCAAUAUAUCAAUCUAAUUGCAAUUUAUCUUGCAGGUAUUCGGAGCUUUCUCUUCCACUGAAAUACAGAUUACUCCUAGUUUCUACGGCACCGGGGAGACCUUCCUUUUUAGUUUUUCACCAGAACUAAAGGUAAAUGAUGCGCUCAUUUGCCUAAUGUUUAUUGAUACGUUUUAAAAUGCAGUCUAUGAGACUUUAUGUUUUAAUCUUUCAUACUUUAACUUAUAUUUCUAUUUUUCUUUUGUUGUACAUAUAUUUGGUUUUCAACACUGGUAUAAUUUUUGUAUUCUUCUUAUUUGAUGAUCUAUCUACUGUAACAUAAACUAACUUAUACUUUAUAGGAUUACUUUUACAUUUUCAACGUGGUGCAGAAAGGGUUAAAAAAAACUUCUGUCACUUACCUGAGUCCAGCGCUGAUGUUCCUCAGCGCUGGGUCAGGUCUGCCUCCGCUCCUCCCCUACCGACGUCAGCCGGCGGGGGAGUCUUAAAGCACAUGCACGGCAAUUGCAGCGCAUUAGGAUUUCCCCAUCAGGGAUUGGGGUGACUCUGGAUGCAUAGCGUGAGGACAUCCAGCAUCAGUUAGGCAACCAAAAGUCGCUUAACGACUUGGAAGUCCCUCUAGUUGCUGUGUAGUAGACCGUUACUAGAGGUGGCGUUAACCCAUAAAGGUAAUUAUUGCAGCUAAUUAAUAACUGCAAUAAUGCAAGGUUAAGGGACCUGGAAAUAUGCACCCAGAUCACUUCAAUGAGCUGAAGUGGCCUUGGUGCCUAUAGUGUCCAUUUAAGCGGAGGAAAAUAUUGAGACAAAAUAGUCCCUUCUUUCUCUCAGUAUAUCUUUUGAUUGGGUUAAAAUUUCAGUGAAAUUCCAACACAGUCAAUCGGAGUACUUUAUAAAGAGUUUAUCCAAGAAAUAGUUAAUUUGGAAAGGCAGUGGUGACAGAUCUGAUUUAAUAGUACAGCUUUGGUUUGACUGGAGAUACAGAAUGUUAAGACACUGCAGAGCUCUAUAUGAGAACACUACCUAACCUUUUCCUUCUUGUAAUGGAGAAUUGUGGGUAGGAUGCUACAAGACGAUUUUUUUUUUAAAAUUCUUUAUUUUGUUGUGCAUAGCAUUUUCAAACAAUUAUGUGCUGUCAUUUCAGUGGUAACAGGCUUUGGUAGUAUAUGAUUAGAGAGGUAGUUACAUGGCAUACAAGUAAUAAGCACAUUUUCCAACAAGGGACAACAGGAAAUUUUAACAGUUAGGUUAGUCACAGUGAGGUGGGUUUAGCGUUGUGUGGUGUUCGGCUAUGUAGUCUGUGUGAUUCGUUGCAGUCUACUAUGGGACUAGCUGGACGUGGUAGGGUAUGUAUGCUGGGCGGGCAUGGUGGCUUAACGGCACUACAGUGGCUUGCAUCAGCGAUGCGUCUGGAUGGUCAUAUGUGUUCAGGCUUCCGUGCUUGUAUCUGUCAUGCUAUGAGUGUAGUAAGCCAGUUGCGUAGGCAUUGUGUUCGUGUCUGGUGUAGCUGGGCCUUGGGCUGUGCUGUCAUUGAGGGUGUCUUGCCUUGCUCUGCCUCUGCAUUGAGGAUGGUUACCCCUAACCAUGGGGGUGACUGGGGGGGGGAUGUUCGUGGGGCCUAGGUGCUCAUUCGGGCAUCUUCCGUGCUGUCCAGUCCUUGUGAUAUUUUAGGUCAUAGGGCCCCAUUUCCGCAUGGUUCACGGGCCUGGGUACCAGUGGUGUAUCUUGGUUUUGUGCUGCCCUAGGCAGGACAAAACUCAGGCGCCCCCCUGACCCCCGCGCCACCCCCACCCAACCCUUCCCCCCGCCCCACCUUCUAAAUACACACACAGUCAGACACACACACAUACACAAACACACAUACACAGUCAGAGACACACACACACUCACAAACACAGUCAGACACAAACAUUAACUUUUUUUUUUAUUUAAAUCCCCCCCCCAACCUCCUUACCUUUGGGAGUGCUGGGGGGGGGGGCCUCUCUCCCUGGUGGUCCGGUGGUCCAGUGGCUGCAGGGCGGGCGGCGCUGAGGGAGCACUUCCUAUGAGCUGACUGCUCAGCUCCCUCACGCGCCGGCUGCAGAGUGAGGCUGGGAGCCGGAAGAUGACAUCAUCUUCCGGCUCCCAGCCUCACUCUGCGGCGCGCGAGGGAGCUGAGCAGUCAGCUCAUAGGAAGUGCUCCCUCGCCAGCCGCCUGCCCGCUCGCGAUGUCAGUUAGCCGCAAGGCUAACUAGGCAUUUGCCCUGGGCAUUUGGGGGGCGGCGUUUUUUGCCGCCCCCUGAAAAAUGCCGCCCAAGGCAAAUGCCUUGUUUGCCUCGCGGCUAAUACGCCCCUGCUGGGUACCUGAGUGUCUGUGGGUUAGUCAGGUCAGAAGAGAGAAAAAACAAUAAAUCAUAGUGAAAGGCAUUAUAAACAUAAAACAUUAAAUUAACUUCUGUGGAUUUCUCCUUCGUUUGGGUGAGGGCGGUGUGGGCUAAUAGUCCGACUUGGUCAGAACUUAGGUUUUGCCAGUAGGUUAGUGUUCAUGGGACCUAAGACCCCAGUUCCUGGGGCAUGAGGGGAGGCGGUCAUGUUUUCUCUGUGCUCUCCGUGGCGUUUCGGAGCCUGGUUCGGCAAACCGAGGGUUUUCAGGUAGUUGGAGGCUUCCUCAGGUGAUGUGAGGACUUGUGUUGUCCCUGCAUGGGUAACUUCCAUGAAGCCCCCUGCUCCCCACCUCUAGGCUAUACCUGCAGCGCGUAACUCUGGGCAGUUGGGCCGUAUGACUUGCGCCACAGCAGUGUCGCUCUAGAUAGUUCCUGGUAGAAGCUAAUCUCUGAGUCUUUAAAGGGCAGUGGUGUUCGAUCUUUUAGCGCCGCCAUGAUAUGGAGCUUGUCCUGUACUGUUACGCAUCUUAAGAUGACGUCUCGAGUUGCUGGUGAUUUCAGGUGUGUGUAGGUCGGGAGCCGAUAGACUUCAUCUAUGGCGAUUUUCUUUGCAGUUGCGUAGGGGAGUAUGCUGGCCAGGAUUGCCUUUGGUGGCUGGUGCAGUGUCGUCUGGGGCUUCAGGCUGCUGUGUCAGUGCUGUCUUCGUGGCCAGCGGGGUCUCUGAUCCGCCCUGCUCUAUGUGGUGAGUAUGGUUCGACUCCCGUUCAUCUCCCGCGGGCAUGGGAGCGGGACACAGUGCACGGGGCGUGGCAGCAGCGCGCCUAUAUCUCUGCUGUCAGCCGCUGAUUUUUGGGACUUGCGCCCCAUUGCCCGUGAGUGAGCCGGUGUUUCAAUAGGUGAGGGGGUAGUGGGUGCCCCUCUCUCUCUGUCCAUGGUCGGAACAGGAAUACCCCUAGGUCCCGGAUUGCUGGCGUGAGGUAGGCCCCAGUUUCCGCUUAGGGAGCUUGUGCGGUUGGAAAAAUGGCGUCUAUCGGUGCCUCUUGCUUUACUGGUCCCGUCUCUGUGGGUGGUAAGGCUGGAUGAGUGCCCGUUUCUGGGAUUUUGCCCAGAUUAAGGUGUUUUAGUUGGGAGGUAGUAGAAAUGGUGUCUGGUGCCAUGCGAUGGCAAGCUCCGCCCCCGCUACAAGACGAUUUUAUAGAGUUUGUCUAAAGCAAGGGCUAGCAUUCUGUCUGGGUAGUACUGAAUAUUACCGGAGAAGCUACAGCAUUGGGGUAUGGGGUGGUGACACCCCACAAAAAUGUAUACAACCUUUAAAUCGAUCUACGUGUUGUUUUUGGCAACUUGGCCAAGAUAACACAGAAAGCAAAUAGCUGCUUCAAAAAAGAAAAAAGUUUAACAAUUUGAAAUUUCUAUUUCAUAUUUUUUAAAUAUGUUUUAUCAUAUACUGUUGCAAAGUUAUCAAACUUUUACUAAAAUAUUCGCCGUGAUUAUUGAGACUUUGAUUUUUAUUUGUGCUGCUCACGUUUAAGGCCAGAGUAGGGUAAUUUAAAACAUAGAUGACUUAGAGAAUUGUUCCAGUUCAGCUAUACUGACCUUAAAUUUGAAAUCCACUUUGAAUUCCCUGUAUUGAUCCUGUUAGUCUGUUGGCAAGUCAGGCAGUAACUGAAAAGUACAGAAUCCAGAUUCGUUGUAGUUGACUGGAGUUUGUUUUGCACCACUUUACCACUAGCAGUUCACAGAGAAAAUUAAUGGUGAUUUAUAUAAAAAAAAACAAAAAAAAACAACAAUAUAAAAUACACAUGCAGAAACCACAAGGAAAAAUGGUACCUGGUAGAGGAAAAUUUAUAGGCAAAAAAAAAAUGUUAGGAAAAGGAAAGUAUAAUUUGUUUAUUUUAUUCAUCAGUAUAAACUGAAGCAAUUGUUUAAGGCAUGUCACAGCUAUACAAUAUUGAACAUUGGUAUACAGAAUGCUCCAACAGUGGAGAAACAGAUAGUGAGUGAGUCAUCACGAACAACAGUAUUACAGAGUCAAUUAAUAUCGAUAACAAGGGUACAGAAAUGUGACUUUGUUUGUUAAGAAUGAAAAGAGAAUCCAGAACCCAACGGUCCUGCUCCCCUCCGGCCCACCAGCCCCAGCAGGCCCCCACAAGGCUGAAGAGGGUUGGGCAGAAGCAGGGCGUAGUACAGACGUGUAGAGGAGGCAAGAAGGGGGGUACAAAGAAGAACAAGGAGAGAGAAGAGAGAGAGAGAGAGAAGAAAAAAUAAAAGGGGGGUGGAAAGACUGGAAGAAGGGUGGCGGCAUUUAUUGGCACUUGGUGACUCGCAGCUGUGGCCGCGGGCAUCAUCAGUCCCUACCAUCCAUGGCCACGUCCCAAUUCUGUCCCCUGCCAAGCGUCUCCCACCCACUCGUCACUCCAUAUCCCGUCAGCCCUCAGGGUCCUUUGAUGGUUAGCGAGAGCCCCACUGUUCUGCGGUUUGUUUCUGAGUCCUGUCAUAUUUGGUGGUUUUUGUGUUCAGCCAAGUCACCUGUCCCUUGGGCCAGGAUGUUGCCCCUCAGGGGCAGGUGUUCGGUAUGUUUGGACAUGAAGUCUAACCAUGGCGUCUACGUCUGUAGGCAACAUUCUGUUGUCCCGCGUAGGGGCUGUGAGUGUCUCCAUUCCAUAGAGGUCUUCCACCUUGUCCAUCCCAUUUUGCAGUGUUGGGACAUCAGUCGAGUGUCACCGAAUCGGGUUGAGGGAUUUUGCAGCGUUAAAGAGGUGUCUAGUGAGUUAGCCUUUGUAGGCAAAGAAAUUAAGUUUUGUGUGGUGUAGGAGCAUAGGAAAAGUAUAAUUUAACUGAUAUAGGGUCGGAAGGUAGUUUCUGACAGAUUUUUGUUGUUGUUUGUUGUGUUUAAAGAGAAAAUUAUAUAUAUUUGCUAUCUCAGGUUAUGGUUUUAUUAAUUUACAAAACUGAGAACAAUAGUGAGAUGACAAGAGUUCGAAAAUUAAAGACCUAAAGUGGGAACUGUAAAUAAUAUCUUACUUGCAAUAUGGGCCUUAAUUGUGCGUAUGCUUCUUAUAAUUUGUUUUGGAUUUAAUAGAUACGCCCCAUGUGUAUAACUAAAACAAACCGUAUUUUCAGCAUUCUUUUCUCUGUUUAACUUGUGUGUAUACAGGUAUUUCGUUGGACAGGUGAGAAUACCUUGUUUGUUAGAGGGGACACACGUUCACUGACAUUCGGAGGGGGGAGAUGGUAAGCAAGUCCUCUAAAACCUUUAGCUUUGAUCAAAUCUAGGCACUCAAUAGAAGUAAGGCUGCUGCACAUCAUCUGACAUGAUCAGCCAAUGACUGUCUUCCAAGUUUGGACAAGACGGACAUAAGAGGGCUUAGAAUGCCCUUUCAAGUCCAAUCUAUUUUUCAUUGGAUCUUAAAAACUAACUGGAAGUUAAAAAAAAGGUCAAAACUAGUAGACAGUGAUUUAAUUUAAUUAUUUUUAUGGAUUUUAUUUCCAGUGGUACUUUUGGAUUGUGGUUGGAUGAAGAUUUGUACCACGGAAGAAGUCAGAGGAGCGAAACUUUUAACAAUGAUAUACUAUCCACCCAGGAACAAUUCUGUAUCAAUAACCUUGAGGUGUGGGCAUUUACGUGAGACUUGCUAACUACAUUUAUAUGUACUGAAUGGACAACUACAGUAUUACCAAACCUCAUGAAGAAAAACACAUGAUCGCAAACCAGGAAAAGAUCUCCAUUUGUACUUGAACUGAAUAUUUAUUAAAAACUCAGUCUUUAAGUAAGCAAGUUCAGUUUAAACAAUGAUUCAACAUGUCCAAAUGAAAGUUUUCUUAACAUAGUGAAGACUUUGCGAAACAGCUUAGGUCAUUUCUCUCUAUAGAAGAUUGUUGCUCUGCUAAAGAGAUAAAAACAAAAUGUUAGUAUGGAAUUUCAGAUAUUUUCUGUUAAUAUAAAUUUCCAUUUGAAUGUUGUGAAAACUUUUUUUUACAUGAAAAUGAUGUCUAUAUCAUGGAUUCUAGAACAUUGUUGAUGACCAAUAUGUGUCUCUCAAAGAUAUUUAAGACAUCCAUGUUGACUUGAAGACUCAUAUAUAAUAUUGUGAUUCAUCAAUAAAUGUAUAU